AUGGGACUCUCUCGCCCUCCGUCUGCUGAUGACUCUGGUUCUGACUCGUCUGGUACCUUGCAGCAACAACAGCAGCAGCAGCAGCAGCAGCAGCAACUCUCAAAUAAUGCACACAACCCCCAUCACCCCCAUCGGACACGAUCACAUCCUGCCGGCCCAGACGGUCGACACGCUCCCAAAGAUAUCAUGGAGGACGAUGAUGACAACGAUGAUGACGAUGACGAUGAAACAUCCGAUGAGGAGGACGAUGAACUCGACUCGGGAACUCGACUCGUGCGCGAAGAGGACAUCAGCUAUCUCCGGAACCACGUGCAGAAGCAGGCGGAGGAAAUUAGCUUCCAGAAGGAUGUCAUCGCUCGAAUUCGGGAUGAGUUACUCCAGCAGGAAGAGCAAACCCGCCGGGCUCUCACCAAGGUCGAAAACGAAGACGUUACCCUCUUGGAACGGGAACUCCGCAAGCAUCAACAGGCCAACGAAGCCUUCCAGAAAGCGUUACGAGAAAUUGGCGGCAUCAUCACUCAGGUCGCCAAUGGUGACCUCUCCAUGAAGGUGCAGAUCCACCCGCUCGAAAUGGACCCCGAAAUUGCCACGUUCAAACGUACGAUCAACACUAUGAUGGACCAGCUUCAGGUUUUUGGUAGCGAAGUGUCUCGUGUCGCCCGUGAGGUCGGUACCGAGGGUAUACUCGGCGGCCAGGCGCAAAUCACUGGUGUUCAUGGUAUCUGGAAGGAACUCACGGAAAACGUCAACAUAAUGGCCAAGAAUCUCACUGAUCAAGUACGUGAAAUUGCCGCCGUCACCACCGCCGUGGCUCACGGUGAUUUGAGCCAAAAGAUCGAAAGCCGCGCACAGGGAGAAAUUUUGGAAUUGCAGCAGACCAUCAAUACCAUGGUGGACCAACUACGCACGUUUGCUACUGAAGUCACACGCGUCGCUCGCGACGUAGGUACAGAAGGUGUCUUGGGCGGGCAAGCCCAAAUCGAAGGCGUCCAAGGCAUGUGGAACGAACUAACGGUUAAUGUGAACGCUAUGGCCAAUAAUCUUACCACCCAAGUCCGGGAUAUUGCGACCGUGACCAAGGCUGUCGCCAAGGGUGACUUGACCCAAAAGGUGCAGGCCAACUGCAAAGGGGAAAUCGCAGAACUCAAAAAUAUCAUCAACUCCAUGGUCGACCAACUUCGCCAGUUCGCGCAGGAAGUCACCAAAAUCGCCAAGGAAGUCGGAACGGACGGUGUCCUCGGUGGGCAAGCUACCGUCAACGAUGUAGAAGGCACUUGGAAGGAUCUUACAGAAAAUGUCAACCGUAUGGCCAACAACCUCACCACCCAGGUGCGGGAGAUUGCCGACGUGACGACCGCUGUCGCCAAGGGAGAUCUCACCAAGAAGGUCACCGCCAAUGUCCAGGGUGAGAUCCUCGAUCUCAAGAGCACCAUUAACGGAAUGGUGGACCGACUCAAUACUUUCGCCUUUGAAGUCAGCAAGGUCGCUCGUGAGGUCGGCACAGACGGUACCUUGGGUGGACAAGCCAAGGUAGAUAAUGUAGAAGGGAAAUGGAAGGAUCUCACCGACAAUGUCAACACCAUGGCCCAGAAUUUGACGUCGCAGGUCCGAAGUAUAUCGGAUGUCACGCAGGCCAUUGCCAAGGGUGAUCUCAGCAAGAAGAUCGAGGUUCACGCCCAGGGAGAGAUCCUUACCCUCAAGGUCACCAUCAAUCACAUGGUUGACCGCUUGGCGAAAUUCGCAACGGAGCUCAAAAAGGUAGCCCGCGACGUCGGUGUCGAUGGUAAGAUGGGCGGGCAGGCCAACGUGGAAGGAAUAGCAGGCACUUGGAAAGAAAUCACCGAGGACGUCAAUACCAUGGCCGAAAACUUGACUUCGCAGGUGCGCGCCUUUGGCGAAAUUACCGACGCUGCCACCGACGGAGACUUCACCAAGCUCAUUACCGUCAACGCGUCCGGUGAGAUGGACGAGCUCAAGCGAAAGAUCAACAAGAUGGUUUCGAACUUGCGUGACAGUAUUCAGCGUAACACGGCGGCCAGGGAAGCUGCCGAAUUGGCUAACCGUACCAAGUCUGAGUUCCUGGCAAACAUGAGUCACGAAAUCCGAACGCCCAUGAACGGUAUCAUUGGCAUGACCCAGCUGACCUUGGACACGGACGAUCUCAAACCGUAUACCCGCGAGAUGUUGAAUGUAGUGCACAACCUGGCCAACAGUCUGCUGACCAUCAUUGACGACAUACUCGAUAUCUCCAAGAUCGAAGCCAACCGGAUGGUCAUUGAGAGCAUUCCCUUCACCGUGCGAGGCACCGUCUUCAACGCUCUCAAGACGCUGGCAGUCAAGGCCAACGAGAAGCUUCUCAGUUUGACAUACCAGGUGGACAACACUGUCCCUGACUAUGUCACUGGUGAUCCGUUCCGUCUCCGGCAGAUCAUUCUGAACCUGGUCGGCAAUGCCAUCAAGUUCACCGAGCAGGGUGAAGUCAAGCUUACCAUCCGCAAGUCGGACCGUGAGCAAUGUGCGGCCAACGAGUAUGCGUUCGAGUUCUCUGUCUCCGACACGGGUAUCGGUAUCGAGGAAGACAAACUGGAUCUCAUCUUCGACACCUUCCAGCAGGCGGAUGGUUCCACCACGCGCCGGUUCGGUGGUACUGGUCUGGGUCUGAGCAUCUCCAAGCGCCUGGUGAACCUGAUGGGCGGUGAUGUCUGGGUCACCUCCGAAUACGGCCACGGCAGUACCUUCCAUUUCACCUGUGUGGUGAAACUGGCUGACCAGUCGCUGAGUGUCAUUGCCUCCCAGCUCAUGCCGUACAAGAACCACCGGGUCCUCUUCAUCGACAAGGGUGAAAAUGGCUUCCAGGCCGAUAAUGUGCUGCAGAUGCUCAAGGCCAUCGACCUGGAACCAUUGGUCGUCCGCAACGAUGAGCACGUUCCGCCGCCCGAGAUCCAAGAUCCCUCUGGCAAGGAGUCUGGUCACGCGUACGAUGUCAUCAUUGUGGACUCUGUAGCCACAGCACGGUUGCUUCGUACGUUCGACGACUUCAAGUACGUUCCGAUCGUUUUGGUCUGUCCCUUGGUCUGCGUGAGUCUCAAGUCGGCUCUGGAUCUGGGUAUCAGUUCCUACAUGACCACCCCAUGUCAACCGAUCGAUCUUGGAAACGGCAUGCUCCCUGCUCUGGAAGGACGGUCUGCACCGAUCACUACCGACAACACCCGGUCAUUCGACAUUCUCCUGGCCGAAGACAACGACGUCAACCAGAAACUGGCCGUCAAGAUUCUGGAGAAGCACAAGCAUAACGUCUCCGUCGUCAGCAAUGGUCUGGAAGCUGUGGAAGCUGUCAAGCAGCGCCGUUACGAUGUCAUUCUGAUGGAUGUUCAGAUGCCAGUCAUGGGAGGUUUCGAAGCUACGGGCAAGAUCCGAGAAUACGAAAGAGAAAAGGGCAUGUAUCGGACACCGAUCAUUGCCUUGACUGCACACGCCAUGUUGGGAGACCGAGAGAAGUGCAUCCAAGCGCAGAUGGACGAAUAUCUGUCGAAGCCAUUGAAGCAGAAUCAAAUGAUGCAGACCAUUCUCAAAUGUGCCACGCUGGGCGGGUCUUUACUGGAAAAGAGUAAAGAGUCCCGUAUCUCCAGCAGCGGCGAAAUGCAUCCUGUUCACGGGGCCAUCAAUCGUCGAGGACGUUCCGGUCUUGAUAAGGAAGAAGAAUAUGCCCUAGAAAGGGCCAUGCGGUGA